GACAUCUAUAAGGUCAUGGUAACCAGACGUUCGUAUAAUCAUAGCAUGGAUCGGGUAAUCGCAACAGCUCAGGCUUACAGAGCUUCACCGCAAUCCGAGAGAAUGAAAGACGAUCCGGACUGCCUGCGUUGCACAACGACAAACACUUCCGCCAAACCAAUUUCUCCAGUUCAAUCAUUCAACUAUCUCAUUGAACACCUACACAAAUUGAUGGAAUCUAUGACGCACGCUGUAAAUGCAUGCGAAAAAUGUGCUCAACUCUCACCCCGUCCUGAAUCUCACCAUCUUACUUUUAUCCGCACGAAAAGUCUUCAGCUUGUUCAGUCGAAAUUUCUCGACAUACUCAGGUCGACACAAUUGAUUCUGGCAAAACUGUUUCGUUACCGGCGACUGAUAGAAAGGGUACUGUUUGAUAUACGCAGUGAUGUGAAAUUAAAUGUGCUCGGACUAACGAUCCGAGAACGAUCGCAGGCGCAAAAGGGCCCCGAUGAUGUUGGUGAAAUCAUGAAGGCGGAGAGCAAAGCCUUGAAAAAUGUAAAAUGGACGCUGGAAGUACAUCUUGGCCAAUUAGUAACUGUUAUUGGGGAGUUGUCUCAGGCACAACAUCGUUUAUUGGGCAUAGUUCAAUUGUACAGAAAGUCACUGAACACAGCUAAAAGGAAGCUGAAAGCGACGCUUAAGGGACCAAUUGUAAAAGUGCCGGAGCAACCAUCAUCGUCAAUGAGUAAAACAGAACAGAUGUUAUGGGAACCAAAUCUCGUGAUGCGAUCCAUCGAUGAGGCAUGUGAACACGCAAUGGUGCUGCGCAAUCGCCUUGAUUCAAUGUUCACGCGAAUCGCUAGGUUCUUACGCUCCACUAAAGAUGCAGUUCAUGACACGCUGAUGAGCGAUUCAGCAGAACAGAUGAAUGUACAGCGAUUGGCUUGUUUGGCUGCAGCUCAACAGAAGAUCGUGAGGAAUCAUUGCAUGCGGGUUACUCACCGAACAAAUGAUGAGUCCUCUAAGCCUAAUGGAAUGGCGGAGAAAUCACUGCAGGAAGAGUUAGGCCGCGUGCUUGAGGCACAAGCUCAGCUAGAUUCCAAGGCAAAGAACGCUAGACGUGUGCUGCAAGCGAAUUUACAGGUUACUCGAAUGCGACGUCGUGAAUUCAAGCGUCGUCUCUAUCCCGAUAUGCGACUUGAAGGAUUUGCUGUUGCUGAGUCCCUGGGAGCGCAAAAGGUCAGUACCUAAGGCAAUUCGACAUUUACAAGGAAUGGCUCGUGAAAUCUGCGACCACUUACUGUUGCAGCUCAAGAUCUCCCUUAACUUUUAGCCACCAGGGUACCCCGAUUUUACAUAAUAUAAUAUACUGUGUUAAAUAGU